GAGCCCAGGCGGCGCCCCUCAGCCUCCUUCGCCCAGCGCUGGGGCGCCCAGCCAGCCCGGGGCGAGGGCUGCCAGCGCCGGCCGGUUCCCGCAGGCUCGAGCGGGGCGAGGGUUUAUUUUGUUUGCCUCCGAUUUCAACUCGCUGGCACUUGAGUCAGAGGCUUAAUUUUACAAACCCUGGUCUGGGAGGCCACUGCAUUUCUGAGAGAUGAGCCGUGUGCUGCAGUGUGCUAUAUUUACUGUGCUCAUGGGACUGUUGCUCACAAGAACCAUGGCCUGGACUUCAAGUGGGAAAACACAUGCUGAGCUACUCAACAAUCUUUACAAAAAUGGAGUGAUUAAAUCUCAACGGGUCUUGGAUGUGUUAAUGGCCACAGAUAGAGCCCACUACACCAAGUAUUUACCAUACAUGGAUUCUCCUCAGUCAAUAGGAUAUAAGGCUACAAUCAGUGCACCCCACAUGCAUGCCCAUGCUCUGGAGUUGCUGAAGGAUCAGCUAGUGGAAGGAGCAAAGGCCCUGGAUGUGGGAUCAGGAAGUGGUUACCUCACAGCUUGCUUUGCUAGAAUGGUGGGUCCCACAGGGAAGACAGUAGGCAUAGAACAUAUUGAAGAGCUGGUCCAUGAAUCCAUUAGAAAUGUCAGAGAAGAUGACCCAACUCUGCUCACUUCUGGCCGUCUGAAACUUCUGGUUGGAGAUGGCAGGCAGGGAUACCCUGAAGAAGCACCUUAUGAUGCCAUCCAUGUUGGAGCAGCAGCAGACACUGUACCAAAGGAGUUGCUGAAAGAGUUGAAGCCAGGUGGCCGGUUGAUCUUGCCAGUUGGGCCUGAAGGUGCAAACCAGGUUCUGAUGCAGUAUGACAAAACCAGUGAUGGGCAAAUUGUGGAAACGCAACUGAUGGGCGUGAUCUAUGUUCCCCUGACCGAUAAGGAGAAGCAGUGGCCCCGGGAUGAAGUUUGACAGAAUAUCUCUUACAAAAUGAUCUUGGAAAGCUCAUGAACCAGGUCCUGAAGAAGCAACUAUAGAUGUGUAUGGCUUUGCUUUAUAAAUCAAAUUUUUUUUUAACUUGGACACAUCACAAAGGCAUUUUCUGCUUUUUAAAGAACUCAAUACGGAGGAGUGAGAGAAGAAUAUUCCUCCAGAUCAAUCAGCACCCAGUUCCUAAGCUGUGGAGAUCUUGUCUGAUUUCUUCCUGGACUGAGUAAAACCAGAUAAGCCCAGUUGUCCUCUUUGGUCAGCUCCACAUACAAUAUCUAUGUAAAUAGAGAAUGGAGAGUGUGCAAUACUGUUACAGAUUUGAGAAUUCAUCUGUAUUGUACUUGAUUAAAUGGUAGUGCAUUUAUAUUCAUGACUUGCUCAUCUGAUGCCUGAAGAAAAAUUACAGUAUGUAUUUGAUCUGCUUAAUCUUCUCGAUUAAACAUAUUCUUUUCUCA